CUUAGACUUGACACCCGCCUAAUUGGCCCAGACGUCGCGUGUGGAAGUAUUCGAUUCCGAGAAUGAAGGGCUUCCCCAGAAUCGAGGUCAGAAUCGCACGUCAUGAGCCGACCGUUGCUGCCGGAGCAUUGGGGAGUGGACGGAGACAAAGCUCAUACAUAUAUGACUGCCUCACGGCCCUGACAAGCAGAGGCAGCAUCUCUUCUUCACUCUCAGCUUAUUCCCCUUCUUCCAGUCCACCCCUUUGUGUCUUUGACUUGACCAGCGGCCUUGGUUCAGACAGCUCCCUCUCACACGACAACUUUCCUCAGUCCACCGGCACACCAUGUCGUUCCAGAACGUGGUCGAAAACUCGACGACCGCCAACCUCAACGGCACCACCAACGGGCACUCGUCCGCGCACAAAUAUGACCCCAACUUCACCGACAGCCUCAUCAACGCCAUGGGGCCCAAGACGCCCGACCGAGCCCGCUUUGUGCUGGGAAAGCUGAUCCGCCAUCUCCACGACUUUAUCCGCGAGACCGAGCUGACGCCCGAGGAAUGGAUGCGAGGCGUGCAGUUUGUCAACGCCAUCGGCCAGAUCAGCGACUCCAAGCGCAACGAAGGACAGCGGAUCUGCGAUGUGCUCGGCAUUGAAUCACUGGUUGACGAGGUCGCCAACAAGAUCAUGCUGGACAGCGACGAAACACCCACGUCGUCGACCAUCCUGGGUCCCUUCUGGAGCCCCCACGCGCCAUUCCGGAAUCUCGGCGACAGCAUCGUCCAAGAUCCCUACCCGACGGGCAGACUCACCCUGAUGCACGGCGUGGUCAGCGACUACAAGACCGGCAAGCCGAUCCCCAACGCCAUUGUCGACAUCUGGCAGGCCUCGGCCAACGGCAAGUACGACUUCCAGGACGACGCCCAGUCCGUCAACAACCUGCGCGGCAAGUUCAGGACCAACGACAAGGGCGAGUACUACUACUACUGCUACCACCCGACCGCCUACUCGCUGCCCACCGACGGGCCCGCGGGCGUCCUGCUGAACCUCAUGGACCGCCACCCCAUGCGGCCCGCCCACAUCCACCUCAUGAUCAGCGCCGACGGCUACAAAUCCCUGACCACCCAGCUCUACCCGCGCGACGACCCCUACGUGACCAGCGACUCGGUCUGCGCCGUCAAGGACGACCUGCUGCUCGACUUCAACCCCUCCAAGGACCCCAAGGCCGAGCUGGAUCUCGAGUACAACGUCACCCUGGCGCCCCUGAAGCCGGGCCAGAAGGCCGGCUGGGUUCACACCGUCUUCUAGGCAUCUUCAGCGUAAGGGGUUUGGGAAGGGGUUCUGGCGUUGUGUCUGUGUGUGUCUGUUGAAUGCAUGGUUUGCGACGGAGGAGGACGAGAGGGGGCCUUUUUCAAUGCCCUCGACGCUGUGGACGAAGCCUCAGCCGCUCCAACGAUUCCUGUAGCUGUAGUGAAUAUCAAAAAAUACCAUCUAUGAUCACCAUGACGGAUCAAGGACUUCUC